AUGCGAAAAUUCUUCACCGCCCAGCCAAGAAACCCGAAGGCGACGCCCGAGAAUCCGCCAAAGAAGUCAAGACUGGAAAAUGAAGCUCCUUCGAAACCGCCAGAAAAUUUCCUGAAAGCACCCGGGAUUCGAUUGGACUUGGAGCAAGCCAAGAAGCGGCGCGUGACAAGACUUGCGGAGUUCGAGCUGCGCAAAAAUGACCCAGCUUUCAUGGAGAAUAUCUUUGAAAUGUACAAACGGGAGAUGCUGACGAGGAAAGAGUUUGGUGACACGAGCGUUUUGAAGAAGCACGGGCUGACGAAUCUGCGAUUUGCCGACGGUUUUGGCGACGGCGAAGCGCGGCUUCGGGCGAUUGCUGUCCCGAAAGAUGUCAUGAAGUCGUUCCAGCAGGGCGAAAAGUUCUACUUCCGAAGCGGGGCCAAGGAUCCUCUCGUGAUGUGCACCGCGAAUAGCACGUUCACGAUUCAGGCGGGAAACGCAUCAGACGCUUUGUUUGCGGUCGCACCGUUGACCAUCAGUCGCGAGGACGAACGAGCCAAGGAUUUCAAAGAGUGUGAGAUUCGCGCCCCCGUCGACUCACGCCUGCACCUUGCCAUUCCCCGCGGCAACUUUGACUGGGCGGCCGUUCGGCGGCUUUUAAGGGAAUACGAGCUCCACCACGUCGACGAUGAAGAGCUCACCGACAUCUCCGACGAUCCGAACCAUCAAAAACGUUAUUCUAUUCGCCAGCUGUUACGCCAGCUGCCAAUCAGUGAGGGAGAACUGCGUGCGUUUUGCAAGCGACUACCCAUCAUCGAUGUAGACGGAAAGCUUGUCUGGAUGACGCCACAAUAUUGCGCACACCUUCUCGAUGUUCUCGUCGACCUCUUUGAUGAAGACACGGCCAGCGAGGUCAACGUGAGCCACUGCACAUUUGAUGCUCUUCGCGCCGCGUUUCCGGCUGAAGUGCCCGAUUCUGGAAUACAGUGGUUGAUCGAGCAUACGAUGGAUUCGGGCCAAGAUGUUUUCACCGUCAACGAGGCCAAGUUGGUGAACAACCGUCUGCGCUACAUCCUGCCCUUUACGCCGAUCCGGAUGUACGACGAUUUGGCAAGGAUCGUCGAUCGAAUUCUGCCGGCGGGAGUCUCUUUCAAAAAGGAGUACUUGAUUGGCGUAGCCCUGACGGCGCUCCAUGCAUCCGGGGAGGAGCAGCUGAUUUUGCUGGACAAGGACGAGUUGCCGGACGAGCACAUGGCCAGAGUAAGAGCCAUGUUCGACGCGCGCUCCGUGUGGCCGGCAGAUGAAGUGCCCGUAUAUUUGGAGGAUGUCUUCCCCGAUAGACAAAAAAUGGAAGAAUUCAUCUUCGACAGCCUCGAGCGUGGAGAAGACGACAAGGGCCGUCCGAUCUACGGCGGCGUCAUCGACCCGGACAUU